CCCAUAGUGACAGGUUGUUGGUAGCUGUCAAAUCAUUUGUGUAGUUUUAUGCUUCAGCGGCUAUGUUUGUGACGCUUGCUUCUGCAUUGUAGGCAAGGAAAUAGUGUAUUGUUCAAUGGUUGUAUUUCUAUUAAAAGUUAAUUACUUCAUCUUAAUCUGAUUAUGUCGGUAGCACACUAAAGGAAAAGUGGUAAAGUGAAGCGCGAAAGUGGAUCAUUUCCGAGCAAAGUGAUCUGAAAGCAUUUGAAAUCUAUAAAAGUAUGGGUAGCGAUAGUGAAAGAUGUGUUAAUUGUGCUUAAAAGAACAUCAACAUGGAUGAACACGAUUAUCGUAGUGUAAUAAUUUAUCAUGCUCGGAACCGCUACUACUACACGAUGCAACGCUCCGCCUUGGAAGCGAUGGCAAAGUACACCAAUGACUUUAGCUUCCGCUUCCUGAAUGGUCUCUCACUAAUACUUGACGGGUUUCGGCUUCAGGAAGGUAUCCGCGAGCUAAACCAGCUUCGCAACGAAACGGAACUCGGCAUGGCGGUAACGCUCUGCCUUAUGUACACCCAUAAACGAUGCCACAUCGUGGACAAAGAAGAGCUGAUCAGCCUCGAUACGCAGCUGAAAGAGGAACGGAAGCGUCUAACGGCUCAAUCCGCCUAUUACGCCGCACUGUUUCUGCACCUGAGCGGUAAAACGGAGAAGGCCAAAGAGUACGCCGAUAAAGCACUCCGGAUGGCCCCUAACCAUGCGGAUAUACUGUCGCUGAAGGGAUGGUGCGAGCUGUUGCUGGGCAAGGCAAACAAUCAAACUUUGGAGCUGUUUAACAGUGCGCUGGAAAUUGGUGGAAAGCAUUUGGACGCGUACCUUGGGCAGGUUAGAUUUUAUCAGCUAAACAAUGACUUUGAUGCGGCAACGGCUGUACUGAACCAGGUUGCGGUAGGAUUUCCAGCUGUGAUCAUUCCGCUGGUAGAGAAGAUGAAAACUCACCUUGCUAACUGGCAUUGGGAGCACACGUCCGAGUUGGCGAACCGCAUUUUGUCGGAGAAACCUGCCAGUCUGGAAGCUCUCACGGUGAAGAUUAUGGUGUUGAUCGUAAAGGAGGGUAACUACACGGCGGGCGCGAGUGCGUUACAGUACCUGGCCAGUUCGGCUGAGAAAAUUGAGCCCGGCAAUGGGGAACUGUUUCUGAAGCUCGGUCAAUUAUAUUCGGUCGUGUGUGGGCGAGAUGCAAACGUGUUGACCGAAACGUUUAAGCUUGUCGAGCGAGCGGUGAAGCUGAAGGGAUCCAAUGCGGAAUACCUGACCGAGCUGGGAUAUCAGGCGAUACUGCAGCGGCGAUACCGCGAAGCGGUGGCACACUUUAAAAACGCGACGAAGGUAAACGAUAGUUCGAUUCGAACGCUAUGCGGUCUCACGCUCUGCCAGAUGUUGGAAAAUGGAGUAUCGGAUCAGGUGAAGCAACAGCUAGAGUUUCUAUUCGAGGUUCAGGGCCGUACACCGAACCCGUUGCUUCUGUUCAUGACCGCAAAGAUGUACGCUAACAACCCAACUAAAGCGACGGAACUACUACUAGCCGCAUCUGAAGCACACUUCAAAAAUCUCAAAGCUGUCCCUUACGGUCCAGAAUAUCUGCGACUUUUUAAUCCGGACUUUCUGUUACAGCUCGUGCAUGAACUGUUGACACAUUCGCCCGUCAAAGGGAUGUCGGUCGGAGGCACACUGUGCUCCACGCCGGGUGAACUACAGCAGCAUCCGGUGUUGUUGCAGGCAGUUAAUUUGCUAGAAGCGGUAGUAAAAGCUUGCCCGGGACUAGUGGAAGCCGUGUACCUGUUGGCCGUGGUACAGCGGCUUGGCGGAGAGAUUGGCCUUGCUUCGGUAACGUUGAAUCGCAUACUACAGGAGCUUGAUCCGGCAUAUUCCAAUGCACAUCUGCUGCUUGCGGAAGUACACAUCGAGCAGAAACAGUAUCAGCGGGCCGCGCAGAGCCUAGAGAUAUGUCUAAGCCACAGCUUCAAGGUACGCGAGAAUCCGAUGUACCAUUUACUUUACGGAGUGAUACUAAAGAACCAGCAACAGUACGAGGAAGCGCUGAAGAGUUUCUUUAUGGCGAUGAAUCUAUGUGGUAUUAGCACUUCGGUUGGCGGUGUUGGUGGUUCGAGUGGAGUGCCGUCAGCUGUUCUUGCCGCGACGAAAGGCAACAGCGAUACAACAGGAACGCAACAGCUUAAUAUAGCCGAUCGGCUCACACUCUACCUGGAGAUGAUUGAAACACAGCAGAAAAUCAACCAGCACACGGAAGCGCUGAAGCUGCUGGAGUUGGUAUCUACCGAGUUUGGUGGAACCUCCGAAGAGGGACGGUUGGUGCUGGCAAUGGCCGAUUUCUAUCUGCAACAGGGAAACCAAACGAAAGCUAUUGACCUUCUAAAGAAGAUGCAACCGGACCAGCUAUAUUACGUGCAAGCAAAAACCAAGAUGGCAUACAUAUAUCUGAAUCAUCGUAAGGAUCGGCUAACAUUUUCGCAGUGUUUCCGCGAGCUGGUUGCUAACUGUCCGAAUGCCUCCAGCUAUCUGAUGCUCGGUGAUGCGUACAUGUCUAUACAGGAACCGGACGAUGCAAUCAAAGCGUAUCGUGAAGCGAUCCGACAAAGUCCGCACGAUGCACUGCUGGCGAGUAAGCUGGGCCGCGCGUACGUCCGGACGCACCAGUAUCAGAAGGCUAUCACCUACUACCAGGAAGCGAUCCUUCACCCGGAAAACUAUCCACUGAAGCUUGAUUUGGCGGAACUGUACCUGAAGCUAAAACAGUACCAAAAUGCAGAACAGACGCUUGCAGACGAGCUGAAUGGUAAAGCGAGCGAUUCGGACGAGCUGUCGGCCUUACAAGUGCGUACAAAGCAGUAUCUCCUGCUAGCCCGUAUUCGUGAAAAAGCUGGACAAGUAAAUGCGUCGCUUCAGACGCUUAAAGAGGCACGGGAUAAUCAACUUAAGGUACAGCAUCGAUUGCUUCUCGACCAAACGGUUACGGGUAUUCCGAGUGAGCAGAAUAAGAUGCUUGCAAGAAUAUGUGUGCUUAUGGCUGAACAGUCCCAGGCGAUUCGCGACAAUGAGCAGAUGAUACAUCACUACAAGGAAGCGCUAAAGUAUACCUCGAACGAUACAAGCGUAAUGGCUUCCCUAGCCCGUAUCUACAUGCAGCUGAAUCGAAUGGACGAAUGCCAGACAACCUGCGUGCAGAUCGUACAACUCGAUCCGAACAACGAAGUGGCGCUUGUGAUGAUGGCUGAUCUGUCCUUCCGCCGGAUGGACUUUGAAAAUGCGGCCUACCAUUUCUCACAGCUUUUGCUUUACCAACCCACGUACUGGACAGCGCUGGCACGAUUGAUCGAGGUGUUGCGACGCAGCGGCACACUCGUUGAAGCGGCUAGCUUCUUGCAACGUGCCGAAGAAGAGGCAACCCGGUCGGAUUGUGAGGCGGGACUAAGCUACUGCAAAGGACUGUGCGAAUGGUAUCGCGGCAAUCCGAACAGUGCUCUUCGGCUGUUUAACUACUGUCGCCGGAACGAGGAGUGGGGCCAGCAGGCGAUCUACAAUAUGAUUGAAAUUUGUCUCAAUCCCGACGGCGAUCUACCGUCCGAAGGGUCCGUCAUCGAUAUCGGCGCGGAUGAUCUCGAGAUAAAGGAUUCGCGUGCGAUGGCACUACGCACGGCAGAACGUUUGCUGAACGAGCUCAAACCACGUCCCGGUGUGCUGGACAACGAAGCGUUAAACCAUCGACUGUUGGAGAACUUUUUGCUGGUCGCGUCCCGCCAAAAGCAUAACGUUGAGCAGGCGUUACAAAACUUCACCACCAUCGCAUCGCAGGAUGAAUACAUUGGGGCGAUCUACGGGAUGGCUGUCACGCACGUCAUCCUCAAGCAGAGCCAACGGGCGAAAAAUCAGCUCAAACGGGUAGUCAAAAAUACCUGGACGUUCGAGGAGGCUGAAUAUCUGGAGAAAUGUUGGUUACUACUGGCCGACCUGUACAAUCAGGCUGGUAAGUACGAGCUGGCGACGGAUCUGUUGAAGCGUGUGCUACAGCACAACAAGUCGUGCACGAAGGCGUACGAGCUCGGCGGAAUAGCGUUCGAGAAGGAACAAAACUACCGGGCGGCUGCAAUGUAUUACGACAGUGCGUGGCGUUACUGUGGCAAAUUGAAACCAAACAUCGGUUACAAGCUGGCGUUCAAUUACAUGAAAAACAAACGGUACGCGGAUGCGAUCGAUAUCUGUCAGCAGGUGUUGAAAAUCCAUCCCGAGUAUCCAUCGAUACGCAAAGAUAUUUUGGAAAAGUGUCGAAAUAAUCUUAAAAUGUAAAACCCCCGGAAGUAAUGGAAAUCAAGAGAAGAAAAGUGAUCGCAUCGGAGGCCUUUGAAAAGGUAUUCACCUAGGUUAGUUACUUUCCUGCACUUUUUGCACCGGUCCUGUAAGGCAUUAAUUGAAUUGAAUAUGAACGCGCGAAGAAUUACUGCAGUAGUGUAGUUACAGUUUGGCACACAUUCCACACAAACUUUUAGAAUUAAUAUUUAUUCACCAGUAAUUACAAUUUAAUCCCAUUAA